UUAGUAGAAGAAACACUAUACAGGUGACCAUAUUUACUCCACCCCAACCACCACCACCACCACUUCUCCCUCCUCCUAUUAAACCUUUCUGCCACCCUCCUUAAAACCCCUCCUCAUCUUUUCACACACUCACACACACUUUCACACACUUUAACUACACACACUGCAUAAAGAAAAUGGGUGGUAAUAAGAAGAUGGGGUUUUAUGGUUGGAUUUUUGUGGGUUUUUUGUUGGUUAUGAGUGCAAGUGGUCAAGAAGAUGGUGAGGUGGGAGUAAGUGGUGGAAGAAGAGCAUUGGUUCCUGCAAUGUUUGUAUUUGGAGAUUCAUUGAUAGAUAAUGGUAAUAACAAUGAUUUGCCUUCUUUUGCUAAGGCUAACUAUUUCCCUUAUGGCAUUGACUUCAAAGCUGGCCCUACCGGUAGAUUCUCCAAUGGCUACACCAUGGUUGACACCAUUGCUGAAUUGCUUGGACUACCCCUUCUUCCUGCUUUUUCUGAAGCUUCCGGUGAACAAAUGCGUUACGGUGUUAAUUAUGCUUCUGCUGCUGCUGGUAUUCUUGAUAACACUGGCAGAAACUUUGUUAGUCGAAUUCCAUUCAACCAGCAAAUCAAGAACUUCGAGAACACUCUAGAUCAAAUCACAGACAGCCUUGGCGCACCUGACGUGGCACAGGCGCUAUCGAAAUGCAUCUUCUUCGUCGGAAUGGGAAGCAACGAUUAUCUCAACAAUUACCUCAUGCCUAAUUACGACACCAAAAAUCAAUACAAUCCUCAACAGUACGCAGAUCAUGGAACUCAAGAUUGUUUCUUAACAGUGUUGGGACGCUAUCCAGCAAGAGAGUUGAAAUAUUGCCCAGGUCCAGAUAUAAAGAGGACACGUUCGUGUGGUGCACAUGGAUAUGAAGCUUGUUUCUUUGCAGUGUUGGCACACUAUCCAGCUAGCCUUAGGCCAAGAAAUAUUCGAUGUGUUGAUGUUGGCAAAAAUCGAAGCAAAUGCUCUUUUGAGAUUCUUUGUGCUUAG